AUGAAGCGCGUGCACGAGACCAACGACAGCGACGACCACGAGCACCCGAAGCGGUCGCGUCGCUCGCGCUGGGACCACGACAGCGUCAGCGACAAGGAAACGACUCGCGCUGCAUCGAAUGAGACUGUCGCUGCGGGUCCCCAAGCGCUGAGUGACAUUGUCAAGCGGCUGUCGAGCGUCGUCCAGGAGAAGUCGGCGCCCGAGGAGCUGCAGGCGCUGACAAAAGGUGCAGUCAGUCGCCCUCUCAUUGACACUGGCGGCCAGUUAGACGCACAAGCGGCCAAAGCGCGAGCGUUGGCUCAAGCCAGUUUGCUGGCCCUGAACCUGCCUGGUACCAAGGUCUCGCCCAAUGAUCUGGCGCGUCGGCUGUACAUUGGCAACCUGUACUACGACCUCAAGGAAGAGGACAUUCGCAACGCUUUUGCACCUUUUGGUGUGAUCCACUCGAUCGACCUGUCACUAGAGCCAGGUGCAUCGCGAUCGAAAGGGUUCUGCUUUCUAGAGUACGAAGACGUUCUAGCAGCUGAGAGUGCUGUGCAAGUGCUGAAUGGAACACCGUUGGCCAAUCGCACGAUGCGCGUGGGCCGACCGCAUCGUGGAAAUACGAACCCGAACGAUUCACUUUCGAUCGGCCAGGAGGCGAUCAAGAAUGUUCCCACCAAGUGCGUCUAUGUUGCCAAUGUUCGUGUGGAGCUGAACAGUCAGCACUUAGAGAGUAUCUUUUCUCCGUUCGGCGAAAUUCGCGCUUGUGUCAUGGCAGCGAUUCCGCCCGCUGAAGCUGGAAUACACCGCGAGUACGGCUUUAUGGAGUUUGUGGAUGAGAAAUGCGCCCUCAAUGCGAUCCAGCACAUGAAUGGCUUCGAGCUAGCUGGUCAGGCCCUGAAAGUGGGCAAGGCGAGCGAGGCAGCGGUGCUGAUCAAUCUUGCCACGAGUCGGGACAAGAUAGUGCGCAGUGGACCUGGCGCUACGGUGAAUGGAGCCAAUGGUGUGAUUGAGCCGAAAAAAAUGGCAAUGUUUGCUGAAGAUGACGUCGAAGGUGUAAAGGACGUCGCAGAUGGCAACGACAGCUGUUGCCUCUGCUUAGUGAACCUCGUAAAGUGCGGUGAAGUCGACGAGGAUCUCGAAGACGAGGUGCGUGUCGAGUGUGGCAAGCUUGGUGUCGUCAAGAACGUGGAAAUCCACGAGCUGGCCGACCACGUGCGCAUUUUUGUCUUGUUCGAGGACGCAGCUGGAGCUUUCAAAGCCAAACAGGCGCUGCACGGCCGAUUUUUCGGUGGCAACCAAGUUGAAGCUCACUACUAUGCCCUGAGCGAGUUGGAACAGCAACGAUACACGAGUAGCUUUUUGUAA